AUGACAUCUGUGGAUUAUAACCAGAGUAAUGCUAACGACACAUUGUUCAUAAAGAGGUCUGGUGAAAAAGUUACUAUACUCAUUGUCUAUGUGGAUGACAUCGUGGUUAUAAGAAAUGAUAGCAUUGAGAUCGACCAUCUCAAGGGUUUUCUGGGCAAUGAAUUUGAGAUAAAGGGUCUUGGAAAGUUAAGAUACUUUCUUGGAAUUGAAAUUACCAGGUCCUCAAAAGGCAUCUUUCUCUAUCAAAGGAAGUACAUCCUUAAUCUGUUGUUCGAGAUAGGUAUGUUGGGUUGUCAUCCUUCUGAUAUUCCUAUGGAAGCUAGUAACCAUCUCAAGGAAAAGGAGGGUGAACCAGUUGACAAAGGCCGCUACCAACAGUUGAUAGGAAAAUUGAUAUAUCUCUCACAUACACGAUCUGACAUUGUUGUGGCUGAGAGAAUCUUGUCACUUGGCGCAGCAAAAAGCUGA